AUGCGGAGGAAAUCCAGGAUAUUGUUAUGUUUUGCGGUGCUUUGGGUGCUCGGGAUAGCCUACUACUUCUACUCAGGGACGGCAUUGGGAAGAAAGGAUGACUGGGACUCUAGUGACUCGUCAGGCCGAAACAAAGCUCGUAACUCUGAUGACAAGACUCACAGUCUGGAGGUUCUGCCGCCUGGUAAGGUUCGUUGGCAGGACUUUGACCAAGAUCUGUACGUUGGAGCCACAGUGGUCCGACCAGGUCAGGACCCGUAUGCCAGAAACAAGUUCAACCAGGUGGAGAGCGAUAAGCUCCGUAUGGACAGAGCUGUACCGGAUACCAGACAUGACCAUUGCAGACAUAAGCAAUGGAAAUCAGAACUUCCGGCUUCGAGUGUGGUUAUUACCUUCCACAAUGAAGCCCGCUCUGCACUACUGCGCACUGUUGUCAGUGUUUUGAAGAAGAGUCCAGCUCACUUGGUGAAAGAGAUCAUCUUAGUUGAUGACUACAGUGAUAAUGCGGAGGAUGGAGCACUCCUGGGCAAGAUGGAGAAAGUUCGCGUGCUGAGAAACGACCGCAGAGAAGGACUGAUGCGCUCGAGGGUUCGUGGUGCAGAUGCUGCCACGGCGCCAGUCCUCACCUUCCUGGACUCCCACUGUGAAUGCAAUGACCACUGGCUUGAGCCACUCUUGGAGAGAGUAGCUGAGGAUAAGACCAGAGUGGUUUCUCCCAUAAUUGAUGUCAUCAACAUGGACAACUUCCAGUAUGUGGGAGCUUCCGCUGAUCUCAAAGGAGGUUUCGACUGGAAUUUGGUAUUUAAAUGGGAUUACAUGACUCUGGACCAGAGACGAGCAAGACAAGGCAACCCUAUUGCCCCCAUAAAGACUCCCAUGAUAGCAGGAGGUCUGUUUGUCAUGGAUAAGGAAUACUUUGAGCUUUUGGGGAAAUAUGACAUGAUGAUGGAUGUUUGGGGAGGAGAAAAUCUGGAAAUCUCAUUUCGCGUGUGGCAGUGCGGCGGAAGUCUGGAAAUCAUCCCGUGCAGCCGAGUCGGGCACGUUUUCAGGAAGCAGCACCCCUAUACCUUCCCUGGAGGCAGCGGCACUGUCUUUGCAAGGAACACCAGAAGAGCUGCUGAGGUGUGGAUGGAUGAGUUUAAAAAUUUCUACUACGCCGCCGUUCCUUCGGCGAGAAAUGUGCCCUAUGGAAACAUCCAGAGUCGGUUGGAUAUGAAGAAGCGUUUAGCCUGUAAGCCCUUUAAAUGGUACCUGGAGAAUGUCUACCCUGAGCUGCGCGUCCCGGACCACCAAGACAUCGCUUUUGGGGCCCUGCAGCAAGGCGGGAACUGCCUCGACACACUUGGGCAUUUCGCUGACGGCGUGGUCGGCGUUUACGAGUGCCACAACGCAGGCGGAAAUCAGGAGUGGGCAUUGACGAAGGAUAAAUCCGUCAAGCACAUGGACUUGUGUCUGACUGUGGUGGACAGAACGGCCGGCUCCCUCAUCAAACUGCAGGGCUGUCGAGACAAUGACAGCAGACAGAAAUGGGAGCAGAUCGAGUCCAACUCCAAGCUUCGUCACGUGGGAAGCAACCUGUGUCUGGACAGCCGCAGUGCCCGCAUGGGUGGUCUCACUGUGGAGGUGUGCAGUCCCAACUUGAGCCAGCAGUGGAAGUUCACCCUCAAUUUACAAUCUUAG